CUGAUCCCUUGCACACCAAACCAGGGGGUUACGGGGAUACCUCACCGCAACUAGUCUUAUCCCGCCAACCGAAUGCUCUCGAGAGCCUCUAGCGAUGCCGGCACUCGUCUUCGUCGCUCCAAGUCAACGUCAACAGUUCAUCGACAUCCGCCACCCACACCGGAGCGUCUGGAUCCGGACGUCGCCCAACAACACGCCUUAGCCGCAGCUACAACAGCCUACGUCAGGGCACAUGCACAUGAAGCGGCUGAAAGACCGAGGAACCGUGGCUCAGAUCUUUCGAGGUCGAAGAGUAAUGCGAGCAGAAAAUCACAGGGCAGUCACUUCCCACCGCGAGAGUCAAGUCUGCGGUCAAUACAACCCCAAAAGGGAGCGCAGAUGCCAAGCGUCUCCCGCCAGAUACGUACCCUUACUAUGGCGACGGAGAAGUUUCCUCCAUUCCAAAGCACGCCCGGUGCGAAUCAAAAUGUUAUGUCACAGCCUUCGAUAACAUUCAAUGAGAAUACCCGCCCCAGUUCACAACCAAAGUCGAAUAGGCCUAGCGCCUCAUCGUCAGUGGCCUCGCAGCAAAUUCGUAAGGCCCGAUCUAUGUAUUAUGCAAGCAGCAUUCAGACUGGCUCACCCCUCCCCCGACCUCCCGCCAAGUAUCUCACGACCCCACCGCCAGUAAGCCCAGUGGUGCCUCCUGAAGGCUUGAUUACCCCCGUUCGCCUUUCAGCAGUAUCGCCCCUCGCGUCCCCACGACUACCAGUCACCAUUGCUCCAGAUGAGUCUGUUGAUAAGGCUCGCGACAAAUAUUUGCAAGACUUUCGGCAACCCCGCCAGGUCCGACACAAACCUUCGCUCUUUCUAGCACCCUUCAAGAAGCGGCAGGAAAAGGGAAAGAACAGGGUCCCAUCGCGUUCAUCGGGGUUUGUCUCCAAUGAUAGCAGUCAUACUGCCACGGACACUACUGUGGAUGUCACUUUAAGCGACUUUCAACCUCAGAAGGAGAAGAGGUCGUUCUCCAACUCGCUCAAGACUAAGUUCAAGAAGGUUUUCAGAAAGACGUCAAAUAAAUCUUCAGCUCUUCCGGUUCAACAGGUUGAAGCCAGUCGAGACUAUUUUGGCGACUACGCAGCACACUCGAGAAUAACAGACCGGAACUUUGAAAUUCCGAGUCCGGACGAGGACGCACUCCAACGUAUCAGAUCGCGUACUCCAUCCCUAGAAGGAGGCCGACCCGCCCUGAUCAGGCAAAGUUCGCGUGGAAGCCUUCGCAGCCUGCAUAGUGACACUGAUAUUAGCAACGCAGCAACAUCUCGGGUCACUAGUUGGAGCAACUCCUCUGCCAGCAAUACACUGACCCAGCGCGAGAUCAAGCGUUUGACCGUUAUUCAUGAGGCCAAGGAUAGCAUCGGAAGUGAAGCGGAUCGAAACCCUAUUCCGCCCUCCCCUACUCGAAAACCGCCUUCAAUUCCUGCUUUUGCUGCCUUCCGUGAGCCAAUGCCAAUGGAGAGCGUUAUAGAGGAAGUUUCAACACCUGUUGACCCUAAGCGCGUCUUCUCAGCCUUGAUGAAGGAAAUCGAUGCUUCAAAAGCUACCUCAGCCCAGGCGGCGCACUUAGCACAGAUAUCUGAUCAGGACGGAGAUGUGUUUGCUGUCAAUUCUGGAAGGGAUAUCCCGUCCAGCGCAAGUCGAGAAGUUCAUUCUAGCGCAAGCCGAGAUUUCCCGUCCAGCACAAGCAAAGACCCAUACCGGCCACUAGCUGGAACUCGUCCAGAAAGCGUCGCGACUCAGAGCAAGGCUAGUUCAAUUAAAUCUUUUGGUCGCGCCCUCAGAUCGACAAUCCGCACAGUUAGCCCUUCUGAACACACAUCAUCUCCAAUUCCCGCACGACCGUCAAGUGUUCGUGGGCACGUACGCCAUCCGCACCUAGACACUGACGAAUCAUCUACCAAUACGGGAUCAGAUAUGCAGAGAUAUGGCGGGGAAGACAACGUCAUCCGUACCACACAGUUCAAGAAACGACCUCGAAAUCCUCUACACCCGCGAGAGACUGUCCCUGAAAAGGUUGUAACUCCGACUCCCGAACAGAUUGAAAGCCGUGUGGAGAAGUCUAAGGGUAGAUGGAAGACGCCCCUCGAGGAAAAUCAUAUCCCGUUCUUCCCGCGUUCGACAAAGAGAACCUUCACGGUGACCAACAUAGCGCGUAAGACCUUUUCUCACAGACCGUCCCAGGAUCAGGCACCUGCUCAAGCCCUAGCUCAGAUGGAGAGCCUCCCGGUAGUCGAAGAAACUCGGCGAGCGGAUGCUCCGCAUUCGCCAAAAUCUCCGAAGCCAAGGCCUCUGUUUUCUCCACUGUCGCCAAGUAUUUACUCUCGCAAUACGGACGGUGCGAGCAUUCUGCCUAACGACAGUGCCUUAUCCCUCGACAAGGUUGACAUGGAACAAGGUGAAGGAGGCACAGCUGUCAUCAUCACCAGCCACCCAGUGAAGAGCUUUGUCAUUGGAACUCCUAGUCCGCAUCGUAGGACGAACUCAAAUCGGUCGAGUAGAGAUUGGAAGGCCUGGCUGUCGCAUGAGGUUUCUGAGCUUGAGAAUCUCCCGCAAGAAGACUUUAGCAUUCAUAAGGGAUAUACCAGUACAAAUCAUACUCGUGAGUUCACUCAGGUAUCUGAGGAUGACACUACUGUUAUUCGCGCUUCGAUUGAGGUAUCUACCCCAAAACAACUAUCUCCUGAGGCUACACCCACGAACCACGAUGUUCCUAGGGAGCCGUAUAGUUCUAUUGGGACUUCCCCUGAGUCUCUUGCUGCACCAAAGAAAUCAGAAGAUUCCCGAACACCCCGAAAGAACUCCCCUCGCCCUCCACUAAAUUCAUUGCCAAAGAAGAACCGCCAAUCUUCUAUUCUUAGUGAUCACUCCUCUCUGGAGAGACCUAAGCUCGAGACCCGGGCCUCGGAGCGAAUGAACGAACGGUUUCCCUACAUCAAGACUGGUCGCCGCCGCUCAAGCAAUAAUAGUGGGCGCUACUCUUACAAGUCACAAAGCACACCAAAUAGUGGCUCUUCUUCGUUGAAGGCUUCACCAAGCCCUAGGGUUUACUCUGAUUUCUCUGCUCCUUCGGUUCAAGUAACGCCGAAGCAUGAGCCGAAUUCAAGCUCAAAGCGUGCAGAGAGCACUGCGGAUAACGAAAUAGAAAAUCGGAAGGAGAAUGCCGCCCCUUCAUCCGUAAAAUCUCUCUCAACAUCCAACGUAACUUCUUCCUCAGUACGGCCAAAGUCUUUGCAACCUCUUGCGUCUUCAGCUUGGAAUCGCAGUCCAAGUAGCCUGGCUAUCUAUACAACAUCUGCAGAAGACCCUAAGGUGAAGCUGACACGAAAUUCAAGCCCGGCCGCUCUCGUGCCUACCCGUCCAAGGUUGCGGCCACAAAACACGAGCAUUUCCAAGCUCGCCGCCCGACCAAAAUCUGCGUUUGAUCUCCGAGGCGCAACUACUCCGUCUCCGCUAAGCACGAUACCGCCUGCAAGUGAUAGUCCAAAGAAAGCUAGCGGUCGGCAAUCCUUGCCGAUUAUUCCAAGAAAACCCGUGGCAGGGAGACCACUAGAAGGAGAUGCUCUACGUAUGAUUCUGGAGUCCCCUGACUUGCGGGGCGAUGUAACUGGUAGGGUGACUCCAGGUCAACGAAUGGCGGAACGCUUCUUGAGGGAGAGGCAUGCCGGCAGUGGGGCUGGUACUCCUGUAAGUGUCAUUAGUGCUGAAGAUGAGGUGGAGAGGGAGAGGGAUGGUUUUACGCCUGCAUUUCUCUAA